UUUCGUCCAAAACGCAUGCGCUUUACCAUUCCAGGUGCCAUCGAGUCUUCAUUCCGACAGAGGAGUUGUGCUGGGAAAAUAACAGCAUUUUGCCAAAUUGAUGAGGAUAUAUGUUCUUUUAGUCCAGGAUUAUUGAAGGGGACAUUGCCGUUUUGGAAGACUGAGAUAGUCAGUUGGCGUUCAAGAUGACGGACGAAGACUUGCUGUUUGAUGAUGUCUACGAACUCUGUGAAAUCAUCGGAAAGGGGCCGUUCAGCGAAGUGCGGAGAUGCAUCCACCGGGAGACCAACCAGCAGUUUGCCGUCAAAAUUGUGGACGUCGCCAAGUUCACCUCGAGCCCCGGACUCAGCACAGAAGAUCUGAAGAGAGAGGCCAGCAUUUGCCACAUGCUGAAGCAUCCCCACAUCGUAGAGCUGCUGGAGACCUACAGCUCUGAUGGACUCCUCUACAUGGUCUUUGAAUACAUGGAAGGCGCAGAUCUGUGCUUUGAGAUAGUGAAGCGGGCCAACUCCGGAUUCAUCUACAGCGAGGCCGUGGCCAGCCAUUACUUGCGUCAGAUCCUGGAAGCUUUGCGUUAUUGCCACGACAACGACAUCAUCCACAGGGACAUCAAGCCUCAUUGUGUGCUUCUGGCCACCAAGGAGAACUCAGCCCCAGUCAAGCUGGGCGGAUUCGGCAUCGCGAUCCAGCUCCCCGAAUCGGGCCUCAUCGCCGGAGGUCGCAUCGGCACACCCCACUUCAUGGCCCCCGAGGUGGUCAAGCGGGAGCCCUACGGCAAGCCCGUGGACAUCUGGGGCUGUGGGGUCAUGACCUUCAUCCUCCUCAGCGGUUCCCUGCCUUUCUUUGGAACCAAGGAACACCUGUUUGACAUGAUCGUCAAAGGCAGAUACUAUAUGAAGCCCAGACAGUGGGACCAUAUCUCGGAACCCGCCAAGGACCUGGUGCGGCGCAUGCUGCGCGUGGACCCCAGGGAACGGAUCACCGUGGAGGAGGCUCUCAGGCAUCCCUGGCUCAGGGAUAGAGAUCGCGUGACGCCCAAGAUCCACCUGCAGGAAUCGGUUGAAGAGCUGAAAAGAUUCAACUCUCGCCGUAAACUGAAGGGCGCUGUUCUAGCUGCCGUUGCCAGCGCUAAGUUCACCAGUUUCUACAGCGAUCCCAACACCAAACAUAUCACAGACUUUGCAGACGAAGACCCAACAUCGUCAGGGGCUGUCGCCCAAGUCUUGGACAGCUUAGAGGAGAUUCAGUGUCUGACGGACUGCGACGAGAAGGACCUGGACUUCCUCCACGGGAUCUUUGAGGACAACCAGCUCCACUCUCUGCUCAAUCUCUAUGACAAGAUCAACACCAAGUCCAGCGAGCAGAUGCCCAACAAGAAGGACAUCCCCUCAGACAGCGUGCAGAGAUCCAAAGACCAGAUCGUGGAGUUGCUACAGAGGAGCCCUCAAGACAGUCAAGAGAGCUACGAACUCCAGGCUAUCCUGUCAGAACCACACUUCAGGGCAUUGCUACAAGCGCAUGACGUGGUUGCCCAUGAGGUCUACAGCGAUGCGGCCAUCCGCGUGACUCCACCGCCCACCUCGCCUUUCCUGAACGGACGGGAGGAGAUGCAGCCCCCCAAUGGGGACGUGGAACCCAUGGACUCGGUCACCCGCGUCCGGCUGGUGCAGUUCCAGAAAAACUCGGACGAGCCUCUGGGCAUCACCCUCAAGAUGAACGAUGACCGGCGCUGUAUCGUGGCCCGCAUCAUGCAUGGUGGCAUGAUCCACCGGCAGGCCACCCUGCACGUCGGCGACGAGAUCCGGGAGAUCAACAAUGUCUCGGUGGCCAACCAGACGGUGGAGAACCUGCAGCGGAUGCUGCGAGAGCUGCGGGGCAGCAUCACGUUCAAGAUCGUCCCCAGCUAUCGGAAUGCACCUCAGCCUUGUGAGAUUUAUGUACGAGCCCAAUUUGAGUACGACCCCGCCCAGGAUGACCUGAUCCCCUGCCAGCAGGCCGGCAUGAGCUUCCGGUGCGGCGACAUUCUGCAGAUCAUCAGCAAGGACGACCACAACUGGUGGCAGGCCCGGAAGGAAGGCGAACCGCUCAACGGGACAGCAGGACUGAUCCCGUCACCCGAGCUGCAGGAAUGGAGAGUGGCCUGUCUGGCCAUCGAGAGAGCCAAGAAGGAGCAGCAGGCAUCGUGUACAUGGUUCGGACGGCGGAAGAAACAGUACCGGGACAAGUACCUUGCCAAGCACAAUGCCGUAUUUGACCAACUCGAUCUGGUCACGUACGAGGAAGUGGUCCGCCUGCCCGCAUUCAUGAGGAAAACACUCGUCCUUCUCGGUGCCCAUGGUGUUGGCAGGAGGCACAUCAAGAACACAUUAAUCACGAGUCAUCCAGACAAGUACGCCUACCCCAUCCCACACACGACACGGCCCUGCAAGAAGGACGAGGAGAACGGCAAGAACUACUACUUUGUCUCCCACGAGGAGAUGAUGACGGACAUCGCCACCAAUAAGUACCUGGAGUACGGCACCCACGAGGACGCCAUGUACGGCACCAAGCUGGACACCAUCCGCAAGAUCCACACGCAGGGACUAAUAGCCAUCUUGGAUGUUGAGCCACAGGCGCUUAAAGUUCUCCGCUGUGCCGAGUUUGCCCCGUUUGUUGUCUUCAUCGCUGCACCCACCAUUACCGGGAUGAACGACAUGCACGACAACGGGCUGGAGAGACUCGGCAAGGAGUCAGAGUUACUCCGCCAGGCCUACGGUCACUUCUUUGACCUGACCAUCGUCAACAACGACAUCGAGGAAACCAUCCGCACGCUUGAGCAGGCCAUGGAGGAGAUCUGCACGACCCCCCAGUGGGUACCGGUCAGUUGGGUUUACUGACAAUAAAAGAAAAUAACCCCUCCCAUCGGGUUGCCCAGGGACCUAUCUCCUGAGAGCUGCUGAGCGAGAGAAGCUGCUUAUCGAAAGACACUGUGGGUGAGUAGCGGCAAGCAGGGAGCCAGCUGUAAGUGAAUAACACUUCUCAUGUCACAGUGGCUGGUCACCGGCUUGCCUUUGUCGCGCAUUCGAGCCUGUCUGUUCCAGGCAAAUAAUCUGUGCUCAGCAGCCCUGAAGAGUCGGUUCCACAUCGGAAGUCGAUCAAACGCCAACUUCGCUUUAAAAAGAUGGGAAAUUCUCACUGUCGCAGGGCUCAACUAUAUCGCUCUUGGUUGUUUUGGAUUUGUUUGUAUCAUGCUGGGUCUUAUAUGCCAACCUCCACUGAAGCGACAGGGCACAGAAAAUUUAACUUGAGCCUUGUCCAAAUUAAGUGGCUGUGGCUGCGAGUGAUACAAGCAUCUAUGGGAAGUGGUUGCGGCCACUAGUUGUAGCCAUGUAAUCUAGACAUGGCUAAUAUGCUAGGGUUUAGGCAUGGUGGUAUUUUAUGUAUUUGUCCCAGCCAUCCAUAUUUGCUGUUGCCGCACUGGACAGCCGGAUUUUGGAUGCGAGAUUUUCUGUGUGGGGGAGGUCUCAUGCCUAUACAAAUGUACACUGUAAAAAGGAAUUCACAUUUGCAUCAAAAACGCUUGCUGGCAAUUUCCGAACCUUGUGCAACCUGUUUUGAGGUAUAUGACCAACCUAACGGCCCAUGCCAAGUGAGGGGUUGGUACAGGUCACCAGACCAGUGAGCCCAACUGCAGCUGAUGCGGUUUUUAGAUUCCAAGUUAAUGGGAUGUGCUAUAUAAUUGGGGUUAUUGCUGAGGCUGCCCUUGCGAGUCUGCAGACAGCCUACGGAAAUGGAAAGCCAAGACCGUCCUCCAUUCACAAUAACAUUUGUGAUACAAUUAGCAACCAACUAGUAAAUCAGUAUAAAGAGCCAGGGCUUGGAGUAAUAUUUCUCCUCUCGUUUCAUCCCCAAUAAAGCCUGACAAAUUUGAGUUUUACAGGGGGGUAGGAAUUGGGCUUGAGCACUUUGACUGUGUGUCGUCGUCAUUGAUUUUUCAACAACUGUUUUGGUGUUUUUAAUGCUGAGAAAUAAUGAAAAAUAAAGCACAAAGUGAUUGUUCGCUGAAUAUGCGGCAUUGAACAAUGAUAUUGGAAAUAUGGGCAUCGGACCAGAUUAUUCACUGUGAGUUUGAGGUUUUUUUUAUUGGCUCGUGUUUUGCUGCAUUGUAGUUUCGGUAUUGAAACGUUUUUAAUAUAUCGUUUAUUACCGGAGUGACACUGGGUAUUGUUGUCACUCAAUUUUUUACCUUUUAUUUCUUGGCUUUUUUGGUGGGGGGGGUGUCAAUUUUGUACAUAUUCGGAAUAAUUUUUAGCAGUUGGUCAGCAUUGCUUUGUAGCGAUGCGCAUGGAAAUGCAUUUGCUUAUUUUUACAGGUGGAAAAACGAGAGCAGAUGCAGUGAAAACCUCCUUUUUUAUCAGAUUGCUUUUAAUUUUCAUGAAAUAUUCACUCGUUAGAGAUCGACGAGUAUGUGGUGUUGGUUAUCAGAGAAGCAGAUAAAAUUAGUGGGAGUUUUACUUGUUUUGAUUUGUUUUGUCUGAUUUUGUGGUCUUUUUUCUCAUCAAAAUGAAAUUUGGUCCCUCCAAUCUCCCUCAUAAAUUGCUCAUAAAGUUCGCUAAUCUCGUUGCUGGUAAAGUUACUUUUCUCAUGCAAUAUAAUCUAGAUAUUGAUGUACAAGGUGUGUGCUCGCAUUACCCCAGAGACGGUGAAUCUGUCACAUACUCGCUGUAUCUGCUUUCUAAACGAAGUGAAGCGGUUGUAUUUUGUGAUAUUAAUUUGAAAGACCUUGUUAAUGGAUUAGUGUAACACAUCUUUUCUUUUUUUUUCAUGAGAAGUAUGAUGCCCUUUUGCUGUCGCUUGUUCCAUCUGUGCUCUCUGUACUGCUGUGGUUUAUCCCUGAUCGUGUUUUAAGCUCUUUCUCCAGUUUUUUUUUAGCAGAUUUUUACCACAUUUUACCAAGUCCCGGUGCAUUUGUUGAAUCAUUUUGAAUCAUUCCAAAAUUAGUUCCGUUUUGUUUGUAGCUGCUGUAAGUUUCUCUCUAACAAAAACGUUUUUCUCCUUGGCUUCUCAGUAGAAAACAUUUUUUUUUUUCACAGGAAAGUCAAUUUCAAUUUUAUAUCAGUAGUUACAAACCCACUGUGACUUAUUGUAAUGUACGGUGGUAAUAUGCCUAUAGACAAUAUGCCUAUAGAUCGGGUGACCAUGGUAAUGCCAUCACUGGUUGUUUGCAGUGGCCCCCGUUCAGCAAUGAAGGCUCCUUUGGUCAGAACUGAACUUCGCUGGUUGACAAACGACUAUGAAAUGCACGCAUUACAGUUGCAUUCCUACCAACAAAAUGGCUUGUUUCAACCAAUGAGGGGUACUUCUGCUCAAGGCAGAUUGUACGGAGUCACUGUUCCGUGACAAAACCCAACACAAUGCUUAACACCAUGAGAGGGGGCCAUCAGGAAUGUUCAGUGAAAUAUCAGUAGAUUUGUCUUAAACAACGAUGCCGAGCGUUGUUUGCGUGUGCACUCUGCACACGGCCAGUGAGGUGGGAUGGGAUCCAUGGAGACCCCGCAGGAAAGCACAAGGACAGAAAUCAUGAGGUCAUUGUUUUUUAGGUCUGUUGUGCAUUUUUUUUUAUUAAAUUGAGAAUCAUUGUGUCAACAUUUUUGGAGCCCAAAUAGAGCCCAAAUAGAGGUGGGUUUGGAACAGGUGCCCACUGAGAAAUGUUGAAGCACUGUGAACUUUAUCUUCAUUGCCAUCCAAGGGGUGUCUUUUUCUUCAGUUUUGAAAUGCCUGCCUGUAAUUAUGUACAGAUUGAAUUUCGUGAAUAAUCAUUAUGUAGAUUUGUAUAUUGAUGAAUAUUAACGACUGGUAGGCUGAGGAUUGGUUGGUGUCAGCAUGCAGAUCGGUUGCAUUGCAUACAGCAGUGUUCAAGUGCGUAUUCAUUUCAUUGUGCACAUUUUUGUCCCUGAACAAGUGGGUGUCCAGAGGGAGAACGGAGCUGAAGUCAUAGAUUAGGCCAAGAUGUACUAAAGGCCUUCGGAAGAGAAUAUGAAUGAUGCUCGAUAGGCUUGUCACUUGCGCGGACAAAAUAAGACGCUGGCACUGUGCUUUCAUGUAAUGCAACUAUAACGUGUUCUUUUGAAAAUAUUUUCUACCAUUAUUAUGCUAAUUGGGGUUAUUGUUUUUAGUUCAAGGAACACAGUUUUGGGGACAACGGAAAAGCAAUUGGGGGUAUGGGGAAAAGAAAAUUUAUGCAAAUUGUCAGUUUAUGUUCAAGAAUCGGAGCAGCAGAGGCCGCCAUUUCCUCAAGUCACUCGGGGUUGUUAAAAAGAGGCAAUUGUUCGAACCCAAGUUCAUGCUUCAGUAUACCUAGACAACACACAAUAGCGGCAUGCUGUACAGCACACAUUAUGAACUGCCAUUUUGGUUCCAAAGUCUGCCGCCGGCGCUACUCUUACUUCAUACAACUCUGAAGUCAUUAUGCAGGGAAUUGCAGCCGACCAUGUUUGCUCACCCGGAAUCACAUGGAUUUUCACUGGUAACCCGCUUUACUAUGCAUAACUUAAUUUGCUGUUGGCAAUUUUGUUUCUGCUAAACUUUGGUUCAUGGUCAUUUUACAGUUGGAUCAGGGCAUAAGUGACUCUGACUUCCAUUCUCCAUUUUCUAUCCUUUUUUUUUUUUUGGUGACUUUUUUUUGCGUCACGAACGUUGUGUCCGGCACAGUUACUAGUUUUCACUCACCUGUCGCAAACCAGUCGAACAGUUUUUACUAAAUAGCCUUUUUGAGAAACCACAGAAGAUUGUUAGCCCAAAAAAUUGAAGGCACUGUGAUUUUAUCUCCUUUUUUUGUGAACGAAUUGUAAAUAAGACUGGAAACCACUUUAAUUACGGCUUUCAAGCUGGCCUAACGAGAUGGGUUUCUUCUUCGGAAUAUGUACCGUUUCUCUCUCAGAGUUUUGUAACAAAAUCAGUGUUAGUAUUGUAUUUAAAGCAUGAAAUUUGACUGUACGAUACUUUGUGUCAAACUUCUUAUCUUUCUUGAAUAUUGUGUUUUCGAAUUCGUUGUUUGAGUGAGGGGGGAAAAAGAAGAGAAUUCCAGGGAAAAGGUGUAGGCAGCAAUACCGUACGUAAGAUGUCUGUAGAUGCUCCGAUAGACAUUUAUGUUUCAUCUCGAGAUUUUAGAGAUAAAUAAUAAAUAAAAUUGUGUCGGGCCGGAAUAAGCCAUUGGCGAGUUACAUUUGACUAAAAUCUGGUACACGGAGUUCUUUAAAUUCACGUGAACAUAACAACUUGAAUUCUCCAUACGAGAACUAC